AUGUCUUCUGAAACCAAAAAUCCUGAUACCGACCAUGUGGAUCGCAAAUACGAGGACGGGCGUGUCACAACGCCUUCAGACUUUGAUCAAGAGGUGGCCUCUCAUGCACCGCUCCUCCGUGGCCGCAAAUUGACCGCUGCUCUUGCAUUUGUUGCCGGCACAGGCUUCACUUUAUUUGGUUAUGACCAGGGCGUGAUGUCUGCGCUACUGACGGCAUCUCAAUGGGAGAAAGUGUUCCCUCAGACUGUUGCUUCUGGAGGGCAUUCAAAUCAUGCUACCCUUCAAAGUUUUGUUGUAGCGAUCUACGAAAUCGGAUGCUUGUUAGGAGCCCUAUCAAAUCUAUGGGUCGGCGACCGUCUGGGUAGGCGGAAGACAAUCGUCCUCGGCGGUAUCAUCAUGAUUAUUGGUGCUAUCUUGCAAGCAACAUCUUUCAGCUAUGCUCAGAUGGUCGUUGCCCGGAUUGUCACCGGCCUUGGCAACGGUCUCAAUACGUCGACCGUGCCCGCAUAUCAUGCAGAGUGUUCGUCUGCAGUGAAACGUGGAAGUUUUAUCAUGAUUGAAGGGAGUUUGAUUACUUUUGGUAUCAUGCUUUCGUGCUGGAUAGAUUUUGGUCUUUUUUGGGUGAAUGGCUCUUCUGCACAGUGGAGGGUGCCGAUCGCUCUACAAAUCGUCUUCGCUCUUAUCAUGAUUGGAGCAAUUAUGUUUCUGCCAGAAUCUCCACGCUGGCUUGUCAAGCAUGGGCACGAUGCGGAAGCCAUCGCUGUUAUCGCUGCCUUAGACAACAAACCCUUCACCAAUCAUGAAGUACAGCAACUAUACCACGGCAUCCGUGAUGCACUCCUGAUAGAAGGACAAUCAGAUAUCGAUGGUGAGGCUAAUCUAAGCGAACUUUUCACGGGUGGUCUCAGCCAGAAUUUUCGACGUGCUUCUCUUGGUGUUAUUGUUCAAUGCUUCCAGCAAAUCACUGGCAUCAACUUGAUCACAUACUACGCCACAUUGUUGUUUGAACGCCUGGGUCUUGACGACGUUAAAUCGCGCAUCAUUGCAGCCUGCAAUGGAACAGAAUACUUCUUUGCCAGUCUCAUCGCCAUCGGAUUGAUUGAACGAGUCGGCAGGCGAAAGCUUAUGUUAUCGACGGCGUUCGGUCAAUGCAUUACCAUGGUCCUCUUGGCUAUCUUGGGAAGCAUUGACAAUUCUGCCUCGCGGAUCAUUUCUACGGCACUACUUUUCGUUUUCAACACAUUUUUCGCCAUCGGCUGGCUGGGCAUGACUUGGCUUUAUCCCGCUGAGAUAGUGGGAAUCCGAAUUCGGGCACCUGCAAAUGCACUUUCUACUGCCUCAAAUUGGAUCUUCAAUUUCAUGGUAGUGAUGGUGACUGGUCCUUCCUUCCAAAACAUAAACUGGGGGACAUACAUCGUUUUUGCGUCAUUGAACGCGUUCAUCAUCCCAGUUGUAUAUUUCUUCUUUCCGGAAACGGCUGGCCGGUCACUUGAAGGUGGAUGA